CCAUCUUAUAAGGUUUUACAUGGCACGAAAUUUUUAGUUGAUGGAUUUCAAUACAAAUCUGAAGACUAUAAACAUUAUUUUUUAACUCAUUUCCAUUCAGAUCAUUAUACUGGUAUUACAAAAACAUGGGCAUUUGGUAAUAUAUAUUGCACUGAAGAGACUGGUAGAUUGGUAUCACACAAGCUUGGGGUCGAUAAAAAGUAUAUUAAAGGUAUUUCGUUUAACAAAACAUUUGAAGUCGAAGGUGUAAAGGUAACAUUUUUAGAUGCAAAUCAUUGUCCUGGUUCUGCAAUCGUUUUAUUUGAAGUAAAGAUGCCCAAUGGUGAAAUUGAAAAUAUAUUGCAUACUGGUGAUUUCCGAUAUCAUCCAUCAAUGAAGCAGUAUCCUCAUUUAGAAGGCAAAGAAAUCUCAAAACUAUAUUUAGACAAUACCUUUUGCAAUCCAGAAUAUACAUUUCCGCCACAGCACGAGAUCAUUAAACAGGUUAAAGAUAUUGUAAGAAAAGAAAAUAAUGGAAAAACUUUAUUCCUAUUUGGUACGUAUGUAAUUGGUAAAGAAAAGAUCUUACUAGAAGUUUCAAAACAAGAAGGCAAGCCAAUAGGUGUUACAAAAGAAAAAUUUGAAAUCUUAAACUGUUUAGACUCCAUAGACCAAACCAAAUUUACUUUAGAUUUAACUUGUACACCAUUUCGUGCGGUUUCAAUGGGUCUGCUGGGUUUCCAAUCAAUGAUGAAUUUAUUAGAAGAAUCAAAUGGAAAGUAUACAAAGGUUAUAGGAUUUAGGCCAACAGGUUGGAGUCAGUCAAAGAAAUCGAUUACCUAUCAAAAUAGAGGUCCAACUGUUUUUUAUAGUGUAGCAUAUAGUGAACAUAGUAGCUUUAAUGAGUUAAGAGAUUGUAUCGAUCAAUUAAGACCAAAAGAAAUUAUACCAACUGUUGAUUGUGAUACUCCCUAUAAAGUUUCUGUAAGUUUAAAAUUAAUAAAUAUAAAAACUAAUAAUAAAUUUCUAACAUUUUUUUUUUUUUAA